UGUCUUUCUUAUAAAAUAUAAAAUUCGUUGAGAACUGAUACUAAAUCAAGAUGCACACCGUGGACUUUGUAGUAAAUUUGUGUCGGUGUGAGGGCUGUAAAACAAUGCCUACAUAUCUUAAAAAGCACCUCAAAGGAGUUAUCGAUGUGAAGAUGGAUUAUGAAAACAAUCGAGUGACCAUUGUGGGUGAGGCUGUGGAUGUGAACAAAGUUAUCCAAAGUAUUUGGAGCAAAUUUAAUAAGAGAGCGAAAUCUCAAAAUCCUCCACCGCCAUCAGAGGUUGCCGCCGGAGAUACACCACCGUCAACCAGUAACUUCACACCGGUGGUGGAUGCCGUCAACGCGUCAACCAGUAACUUCACACCGGCGGUGGACGCCGUCAACGCAUCAACCAGUCACUGGCAGACGUACUUUGUUCAAGUGUGUUCAGGCGAACACCCAAAAUUUUGAAAAUAAAAUGUAAAAAUACAUGUGUAGAAAUCAUAUAAUAAUUUAUAUAUUGCAUUUUUUAUAUUAUAUUUGUUACCCAUAACCGUUUUGCUAGUUUUUUGUUGUUCAAAAAAAUUACAAUACCCCAAACUUUGAAAGGGUGUGAGAUGCACACUCCAAACUUUCAUAUGUGAUUUAAGUACCCCAAACUUUAUAUAAAAAGUAUUUUUAGCACUAUAGUCAAGUA